GGCUGCUGUUGUGUCCUGCUGGUACAGAGGUCUCUGCUUGUCUGCUGUGUCCUGUUGGUACAGAGGUCUCUGCUUGUCUGCUGUGUCCUGUUGGUACAGAGUUGCGGUAUUGUUCCAGUGUGAUCUGGUCUCCAGGAUCUUCUCCUGUCAUCAUGAACAUGAUGUUCACCCUGUGUCUGCUGCUCUGCACUACUUUGGCUCUGGGGCAAAUGCCAUCUGAAGGUCGUCCCCAGACCAGGUGUGAGCUGUGGAAGGUCAGUGUAGUGAACAUCCGUGGAGUGUACAUCCCCCAGUGUGACUCCCAGGGCCAGUUCCUCCCGUCCCAGUGUUCAGAGUCGACACGGUACUGCUGGUGUGUCAAGCCUUCUGGAGAAGCCAUCUUUGGGACACUGACUCCUCCAGGACAACCCAGACCUGACUGCUCAGUUCGUCCUCAGACUUACUGUGAGUACUGGAGGGCCAGUGCGACCCCUCAACCUGGAGCCUACGUCCCCCAGUGUGACUCAGAGGGCCAGUUCCUCCCCACCCAGUGCUGGGGCUCUACAGGGCACUGCUGGUGUGUCAACGGUGCUGGAGAUGGCAUCUCUGGUACACAAACUCCUCCAGGACAACCCAAACCAAACUGCAAAGUUGUUCCUCUGACCUUCUGUCAGCUGUGGAGGAACAGUGUGACCCCUCUCCCUGGAGCUUUAGUCCCCCAGUGUGACCCCCAGGGCCAGUUCCAGCACACCCAGUGUUGGAAACCAUCCCCAGAGUCUUCAGGUUUUUGUGCUUGUUUCAGCCCUGCUGGAGAAGCCAUCCCUGGGACACAAACUGCUCCAGGACAACCCAGACCCUCCUGCGCCUAGAACCAUGGAAGGUAACCAUGGUUACUGUGUAACUUUAUCUGGACGAGAAAGAAGAGCCGCUACUGCCUGCCCUCCUUGUGAGAUCAUCCAUCUCUCUAUCCAUCUCUCUAUCCAUCUCUCUAUCCAUCUCUAUCUCUCAAACUAUCUGUCUAUCCAUCUCUCUAUCCAUCUCUCUAUCUCUAAAACUAUCUGUUUAUCCAUCUCACUGAUCUUGUAUUCAAUAAAGUUAAAUCAACCAAAA